AGCUUGGUGGAACAACUGUCAAGUGUUAGAACACAUGUUGUGCUUUAGUGUUAUUUUUUGGACACAAUUGUGCAAGGAAUUAGUGCAAUUUAUGAUAAUUGACUCCAUUACGUGACUAAGUAAAAAGUAGUGUUAAAAUUUUUGGCAAAAAAUUGUGAAGUUGGGUUUUUUUUCAUCAAGGAUUUGCCUAAAAUGACCACCAAUGUGAAGCUCAAAGAGGCUUUUGAAGUCGAGUCCAAACAUGGCGCUUUCUAUACAGGGGGCAACAUCGAGUGGCAUCAAGACACCAUCUACUGUCAAACGCCUUCAGCUGUCACGCUUUUGAAGAUUCAAGAUGGCGUCGUGUGCCAAACAAUCGGCGAAGAAAAUGGCGAGGAUUGUGACACAAUUCAGACUUUUACAACCGAUGGCGAAAGAAUCAUUUCGUCACACAAAAGCGGUCUUUUAAAAUUAUGGAAUGGACAAGGCCAACUUGUCAAAAUGUGGAAAUACAUCCACAAGGGACCUAUCGCAAAACUAACCCUCAAAGACAAUUUACUGGCAAGUGGUGGUUCGGAUGGAAGUGUGCGAAUAUGGGACUUGGACCACCAGACUUGCACUUUGCACCUGAAAGGGUGCCAAGGCGUGGUUAACAUAGUGGAAUUCCACCCAAUCGAAAGUGUUAUUUUUGGGAGUGGGGACGAUGGGAGGAUCCUGUCGUGGGGCUUAAGCAAAGGCGAGGCGUUGAUUGGCUACAAUGCGCAUUUCAGUAAAGUGACGUCACUCGUGUUCGCCAAUGAUGCCAAACACUUUGUGACGUCAGGCCGCGAUAAGGUUAUAAUUCUAUGGAAGUUUAACCAAAUCAAAGCCUUAAGGACUAUACCUUUGUACGAAGCAGUGGAAGUCAUAGUCAAGUUACCCGAGAAAUUUAAAUUACCCGACUUUAAGUCGGACCCUGACUGUGUUUAUGUGGCGUCCGGUGGUGAAAAUGGGUUGGUACGAGUGUGGGACGUUACCAACUCGAAAGAAAUAUACAAGCAGCAAAAUUCCCUAGUUAGUAAAGCGCAAGAUGGCGGGUUGGCCAUCACGAAGCUGUUGCUAGGUGAUGAGGACAAAACGUUGGCUGUGAUCACAGCCGACCAUAACAUUAUUUUACAUAUACUCAAGUCGUUCGUUUGUUUGAAGCAAUUCAUAGGCUUCUCUGAUGAGAUUCUUGAUAUUUGUUUCGUUGGCAAAAGUGACUCGCAUUUGGCCGUGGCCACGAAUUCGUGCGAUAUCAAACUGUACGACAAUUCUGACAUGAACUGUCAGUUACUGAAAGGUCACAGUGACAUUGUCUUGACCUUAGCCACUAGUAGGGCUAACCCCAACCUUAUGCUUUCUGGUGGUAAAGAUAACAAGAUAUGUCUAUGGUCACUUGAUGGUGCCAUAAUGUCGUGCGUUGGUACCGGUCUAAGACACACGGGUUCCGUGGGUUCGGUCACCUUCAGUAAUAUCAACGACUUUAUGGUAAGUGUCAGUCAAGACACUUGCCUCAAAGUCUGGGAAGUCCCGAAGAAGCCAACCAGUGGUACCAUCCUAAACUGUACCAAGACAGAAAUUGCGCACCAGAAAGACAUCAAUUGUGUGUCCGUCUCUCCGAAUGACAAGAUCAUAGCCACGGCCUCCCAAGACAAAACCGCCAAGCUCUGGACUGAUAGUUUAACCUUCGUGGGGACGCUCAAAGGGCAUAAACGUGGGGUCUGGUCAGUGAAAUUCUCGCCAGUUGAUCAAGUCGUCGUAACCUCUUCGGCCGACUGUAUGAUCAAACUGUGGUCAGUGGCUGACCUCAACUGCCUCAAAACGCUCGAAGGUCACGACUCGAGUGUCCUCAAAGCUGAGUUCCUCUCAAACGGGAUGCAGAUUUUGAGUGCGGGGGCCGACGGCCUCCUCAAACUCUUCAGUGUGAAGAGUUCCGAAUGUGUCGGAACCUUCGAACAGCACGAAGGGCGGAUCUGGGCCAUGGCGGUGCGAAAGGACGAAAGUGGGGUGGUGACGGGAGGGUCGGAUUCGCUCCUCAUCAAGUGGAAGGACGUGACGGAGGAAAGGAAGUUGCAGAGGUUGAAGGAGGAAGAAGAGGAGGCGUUGCAACAGCAAAAAUUGGCCAAUUAUUUGCAAAAUGACGAGCUUUUGAAAGCGCUAAAGUUGGCCUUGAAGCUUGACCGGCCCUUGCAAGUCCUAAAGAUCGUUCAAGGGAUUAUACGCAAGGGUGAGACGACUGGACUCGCCGACGCUGUGAAGGGGUUGAAGAAUGAGCAGAAGGAGGCGCUGCUCAAGUGUGCCACGACUUGGAAUACCAACAGUCGGAACUGUCAAUCGGCACAACUUGUCUUGAAUAUACUGUUAGGGGAGUUGCAGAGUGGGGAUUUUAAGCCCGUGGGCUUGGGUGGGACCGUUGAGGGCGCUUUGCCCUACACUGAGAGACACUUCAAGCGCUUAACCCAGUUGUUGCAAGACUUGCAUUUCGUUACAUAUACUAUCAAUUGUAUGCAGCCCCAUAUAAAAAACAUGUGAAUGUCUUGUUGGGUUUUGUCAUUAUCGGUAUUGUUUUUAGUGAGUUCUUGACUUGUUUAAGUAACGUCAUUGUCAAAUAAUUGAGUCAGUGUGAUUUAAACAUUUGUUUUUUCAAUUAAAUCGUUUCAUGAUUA